UUGAAAGCAAGCAACAAAAACAAUCCAAAGGAGUCAAUACUCACAGAAGAUGUCUAGUGAGGCUAUGAGCAACAAUGAUAAGCUUCAUGUCUUCAUGUUUCCAUUCCUUGCCUUUGGUCACAUUAGUCCUUUUGUUCAGUUAUCCAACAAGCUAUUCUCUCAUGGAGUUCAAAUCACUUUCUUAUCAGCUUCAUCCAACAUUCCAAGAAUCAAAUCCACUCUUAAUCUCAACCCUUCCAUCAAAAUUAUCCCACUUCAGUUUCCAAAUGGCAUAAGCAGUACUGCUGAUUUGCCACCUCACUUGGCUGGAAAUCUCAUUCAUGCAAUUGAUUCCACUCAACCUCAGUUGAAAUCUCUUUUUCUAGAGCUUAAACCCAAUUUUGUUUUCUUUGACUUUGCACAAAAUUGGCUCCCAAAGUUAGCUUCUGAAGUUGGUGUCAAAUCUAUUCACUUCUCAGUUUUCUCUGCAAUUUCUGAUGCUUACAUUAUAGUGCCUUCAAGACUUGAUGAUAUUGAAGGAAGAAGCAUCACUUUUGAGGAUCUUAAAAAACCACCACAAGGGUAUCCAAAAAACAAUAUCUUCCUCAAGACCUUUGAGGCCAUGGACUUCAUGUUUCUCUUCCAAAAGUUCACUGAAGAUAUAACAGGAUAUGAACGUGCUCUACAAAGCCUAAGUGAAUGUUCAUACGUGGUGUUUAAAUCUUGCAAAGAAAUGGAAGGACCUUACAUAGAUUAUAUAGAAAAACAGUUUGGAAAACAAGUUCUGUCAGUUGGUCCAUUAGUUCCAGAGCCACCAAUGGAUGUGUUAGAAGAAAAGUGGUUGAAAUGGUUGGAUAACUUCCCAGCCAAGACAGUCAUAUUUUGCUCAUUUGGGAGUGAGACAUAUCUAAAUGAUGAUCAAAUCAGUGAACUAGCAACUGGGUUGGAACUCACUGGUUUACCAUUCAUUUUGGUUCUGAAUUUCCCAUCCAAUCUGUGUGCAAAAACUGAGUUGGAAAGAACAUUGCCAAAAGGGUUCUUGGAAAGAGUUAAGGAUAGGGGAGUGGUGCAUAGUGGUUGGUUGCAGCAGCAGCAUAUUCUGAAACACACUAGUGUGGGAUGCUAUGUUUGUCAUGGUGGCUUUAGUUCUGUGAUAGAAGCUAUGAUCAAUGAUUGUCAGCUUGUUCUAUUACCUUUCAAAGGUGACCAGUUUUUCAAUUCUAAGCUUAUAGCCAAGGAUUUGGAGGCAGGGAUAGAGGUGAAUAGGAAUGAAGAAGAUGGAUUCUUUCAUAAAGAGGAUAUACUUAAGGCAGUGAAAAUUAUCAUGGUGGAGGAUGAGAAAGAGCCUGGGAAGAGCAUAAGAGAAAACCACAUGAAAUGGAGGAAGUUCAUAUUAAAUAAAGAAGUUCAGGAUAAAUUUAUCAAGGAUCUGGUGGCUCAGUUGAAGUCUUUGGCUUAAUUCACUUCCUCCUGAUUGAAAAUGAUGUCUAUGUUCUGCACUGGUUUUGUUUUUCUUUGUGUAAUCGUUUAGCUUUCUACCACCUAUUGUUAUUGUAAUAAUUGUACUAGCAAUGUUUACUUCCUGUCCUAGGCUGUUGUUUGUAAUAAAACCAAUUAAUGCAUGCGAGUUAUCAUGUGAAAUAUGUUGGUAUCUAUGGACCCACGGUAUUAAAAAAUUCUUACUUGACACC